AUGUCUGUCCGCUCAGCCCUCAUCAACACUGCACGUGCAGCUCGGCAGGCGCUCCCAAAGGCGCAGGUUGCGCCCCGUAGGGCAGCUUCGACGCACCACAAGCCGAGCAGCAACACCCCCUGGAUGAUUGGGUCGGCCGCCGUCUUUGGUUCCCUCACCGCCUUCAUCCUCAUGCCAUCCGGCGACAAAGCCGCUCACGAGGUACAUGAGCACAUUGACGCCAAAGGCGCGGGUGCACACGUAGCCGACGGAAAGGGCGCGAAGCCGGAGCACGAGGACGAGCACCAGAACGCUGCGAGGGAUUUGAUGAGGAAGGAGCGCGAGUCGGGUGAACGACCAGGACUGGACGAGGACCCGAAGGGCAAGAUGGUCCACGCCGGUGAAUCUCGCCCACGAACCGAGAUCCCCUCGAAGCGGGACGACGAGAAGCCGCACCGCAGAGGCGCGUCCACUGGGGACAAGUUCGACGGCACCAUCGAUGGCACGGAGAUGAAGGCUGGUAUCGCCAACAAGAGCACCGAGAAGGAGGCGGAUUCCAAGUCGCAAGCCGGCAUCAAGACGAACCCGGAGGGAACUGGUCAGAAGGACACAGUCAAGCCUGAUAACGUGGACGACAGCGACAAGCCCUCAGAGAAGGACAUCAAGUCCAGCAUCAAGAAGGCCGAGCAAAGCAACAGCCCCAAGACUGCCAUGGACAAGGAGGAGACCGGUGGUGCUUCUUCCGGAUCAUCCAACUCCAGCACCCCUGACAAUGUGGACGAUAGCGACAAGCCAAGCGACAAGGAUAUCAAGGACAGCAUCAAGCAGGCCGAGCGCAGCAACAGCCCUCUCGCGACUAUGCAGGAGGAGGUGGACGACAGCGGAAAGCAGGUCUAA